AUGGAGGGCAAAGUUGCACUGAAAAAAUUGCUGGAAGUUCAGGAAAAGGCUUGUGUUAGUAAUACAGAUGCACUGAACUGGACUCAGGAACCGUCCAUACGAAAUACUCUGGGAUAUACUCUUCUCAGUUUGAGUCUUAAUAACUUGGAGCCUCCCCAAAGUCAUGAGCAACAGCCCCUGAACCAAUUGGCCUUGUUGCAAAUUGAGCUAGAGGAGUUGAAGAAAGAGAAUCAAAAUUUAAGGUCCAUGUUUAAUGAGAUUACUGAACACUACGCUGCUCUUCAGAGUAAAAUGAAUAACCAAGUAACACCACAAGAAGCAAAAAUCAUAGAAGAUCAGGCUUUUGAGGCUUCUUGCAAGAAAGCUAGAGUGUCCGUAAGAGCACGAUCAGAGUUAUCUUUGGGCGAUGGGUGUCAAUGGAGAAAAUAUGGACAGAAGAUAUCAAAGGGUAACCCUUGUCCUCGGGCCUACUAUCGUUGCAACAUGGGAACGGCAUGUCCAGUUCGCAAGCAGGUUCAGAGGUGUGCUGAGGAUGAAAGUGUUGUGAUCACAACCUAUGAGGGGAAUCAUAAUCAUUCACUUCCACCAGCAGCUAGAUCCAUGGCUUGCACAACAUCAGCAGCAUUAACCAUGUUUCUUUCUGGCUCAACCACUAGUUCACAUGGCACUACGUUUUCAAAUUCUGACCUCUUCUCUUCACUAUCUGCUUCUACCCACUAUCCAUCUGCAUCAUCAUGUCCCACUGUAACACUGGACUUAACCCAGCCCUCUAAGGACUACCUCAAAUUCCCAAGUGCAAGUGCUAUUUCUUCAAACCACUCUCAAACUGCCCCUCUUUCAUUGCAUGCUUACCCUCAACAAUCUGAGGGGUUACCCUCAGAGAAAAACUUUCCCUUGGUGGAUGUUCUUAGUGCUGCCAUAACUAGGGAUCCUUCUCUUAAGGCAGUACUAGAAGCAACCGUUUCCUCAAUCAUUGGAGACGCUCAGAACAUCCUCUCUGAACAUCAAUAA